CGGUGGUUAAUGUGUAAAAAUAGAUUGACACGGGAGAGCGUUUCAAUGGAUAGCGACCGGCCAGUAUUUACUAUGUUAUUAUUAUGUAGAUAUAUGUCACAUAGUCUAGGAUAUGUGCAUUGAGGACACUGGAAAAGAUACAUGGACUAGUCGGCGAGGUCAGCGCGUGGAGAUCACGAGGGUUUCUACAAUACUGGAAGCCCGACCCUCUUACAUUGCUGGGACUGAAUGGAAUCCGUAGAGAUCAGAGAACCCCCUGACGACGCCGUGGAGUCCUUCAUUGACAAGUGUUAUUGUUUGAAUAUCUAGUGAUUGGAUUAAAACGUAGAACAUAUCGUCGCUUCUAAACAAGACAUUAACAGUGUUAUAUGUAAUAAGUUAUAUACACCUCCGUGACUGUGGAUUAAUGCGCCGUGUGUCUAUUUAGAGAAAUCGUUUUCAGAGUGUGUGUUGGGAUUUAUUCGUUAGCUUGACGGUGCUAUCACUUCGCCGAUCUGUUCUCAUCAUGGCGCAAAGUCUAUUACAAAAUAAGCGGUUCUUCUGCCGUGAGUGGUCUUUUAGCAAAAUUCAACAUUGCUUGGAACAUCGUCCGGAAUCCAAGACAUGCGGGGCCCUUAUCAUGGGAGGACCUGGUUGUGGAAAAACGGCGUUAGGAUGUGAAUUAGUCUGGCCGACGACGACAACCGGUAAACAGUGUGCGCUACACAAACGAUUAAUCGCUUAUCAUUUCUGUCAGGCUCAUGACAUUGAUACCCUUUCACUGGUGGAUUUCAUAUCAGGAUUAAUUGAUCAGCUGUCGAAAUCUGAACUGAUUUUAGGUUACCGAGAAAAAUUAAGAGAUCCUGCGAUUAGAAAAUAUCUGAACCAGGUUGAGAUUGAUAAGAAUCCGGACGAAGCUUUUAAACAGGCCGUGCUUAGUCCACUAUUGUCCAUCGACCCUCCUAAAGACACCCUUUUUAUGCUAAUUGAUUCUAUAGACGAAUCGUAUUUAAAUACCACAAGUGAUAAAUCGGGAAUAAGUCGCAACAUUGCCGAACUGUUGGCUAAUCAUCACCCAAUGGUACCGCCGUGGCUGCUAUUAGUCUGUUCGUCUCGAAAACAAAGUAAAUCGGUUACUCGUAUGUUUACCGGAUUUAGAAAAAUUAGUCUGGAUGAUUUGCGGAAGUCUCACAUUGUACGUGACGUACAGCAAUAUAUCUUAUGUCGGCUAGAUCAAGAAGAAGCGCUAAGACAACAUCUUAGUCGCGAGACAGCGGAAAUGUUGAACCAAUUACAUAUUAAAAGUAACGGUUGUUUUCUCUAUCUGGAAAAGGUUUUAGAUGGAGUGGCCGAUAAUUUCAUUAUGCUGCGUGAAAUUAGAGAAAUACCAGGAACUUUAAACGGCCUCUAUUUGUGGCUGUGUCAACGACUCUUUGUGAAAAAACAAUUCGAAAAAAUUCAACCGAUUUUAAACACCAUCUUAGCCGCUCGUAGACCCCUAUCAGUAUCGCAAUUAUACUCUUGUAGUCGCAGUCUUAAUAUCACUUUGACUUUCGAGGAAUUCGACAGACGAAUGAAAUUAAUGUCAAAAAUUCUAAUAGACGGCGACAGUGGGAAUAAAAUUCUGUUUCAUCAUAGUUUCGCCGAGUGGUUGCUAGAUGUAAAACAUUGUACUCAAAAAUAUCUUUGUAAUGCAACUCAAGGUCAUGGGAUGUUGGCAAUGUCUGCCACAUUGCAGGCAUCUCAGCUUUCGGCACCGGAAAUACAAGACUUUGCUUUCCAUCUGUUAAAGACUAACGCACAAAGCCCAAUUCAUAAUCACAAUUUGAUUCAUUGGCUAAUGUUGUCGGGAGCAGACGUGGAAUCUAGUCUAUCCUCCGGGGUUCCCAAGGAUCAAAAGGUCGUUAAAAUGCUUCUUGAUGCAGGAGCUAGAAUGCCCACUAAUGAUCUUAACACAAGUACUCUGUCAGUGGAAGAGGAUAAAGAUGACACGGGGUCUUCUAUAGAAGAAAUCGAUAUCCCAGUUGAUCAGAUUGAUGGAAAUGGAAGAACCCUUCUCCAUACAGCUUCGCAUCAGGGUAAUCUUAACCUAGUUAAACUGUUACUGGUUAAAGGUGCUUGUGUAGAAGCUGUAGACAAAACUGGUCAAACGGCGCUCAAUCUAGCAGCUCGUCAAGGCUUUGAGGAGAUUGUCGAUCUAUUACUGAAAGCCGAAGCGGACGUGAAUCACGCAGAUAAUGAUGGGUGGACUGCUCUUAGGUCAACAGCUUGGGGAGGACACACUUCCGUCGUUUCUAUUCUCCUAGAAGCUGGGGCCAUGGUUGACCAUGCAGAUAGUGAUCAAAGAACAGCUCUUAGGGCUGCUGCGUGGGGAGGACACGAGGAGAUAGUCACUCAGCUUCUGAGACACGGUGCGGAUGUGAACAAAGCUGACAAUGAAGGACGCACCGCAUUGAUAGCCGCUGCAUAUAUGGGACAUGUUGAAAUUGUAGAACAUUUAUUGGAUUAUAAAGCAGAUAUUAACCACGAGGACUGCGAUGGUCGAACUGCUCUGUCCGUUGCAGCUUUAUGCAUACCUGCUAGUGAAGGUCACGCAAAGGUUGUUGGUCUUCUCCUUGAACGGGGAGCAGAAGUUGAUCACCGAGAUCAUGAUGGUAUGACCCCUCUGUUGGUAGCAGCGUAUGAGGGACAUCAUGAAGUUUGUGAACUUUUGUUAGAGUGGGACGCGGACGUAGAUCAUUGUGAUAAUAACAGCAGAACUCCCCUGUGGGCCGCAACGUCCAUGGGUCACGAGAAAGUAGUUGGCCAACUGUUGUUUUGGGGUACCGCUGUGGAUCAUAUUGACGGGGAAGGGAGAAGUGUUCUGUGUGUAGCGGCUGCCCAGGGAAAUGCAGCAGUAGUGACUUUACUGUUAGACCGUGGAUUAGAUGAAAUGCAUAGAGACAAUGGCGGAUGGACGCCAUUACAUAUGGCGGCCUAUGAAGGACACUUUGAGGUUUGUCAAAUGCUAGUGUCGCAUGGUGCCAAAGUAAAUGAAGUGGAUAAUGAUGGACGUAUUGCUCUCAUCCAGGCAGCACAGGAAGGACAUCUGUCUAUAGUGGAAUUGCUAGUAGAACGUCAUUCCGUAAUAGAUCAUAAGUCACAUGACGGCAAGACAGCCUUCCGGGUAGCUGCCGUAGAGAAUCAUAAGGACAUUGUGCAAUUUUUGAUAGAAAAUGGGACUGAUAUUAAUUACUGUGAUGCCGACGGACGAACAGCGUUGUAUGUUCUCGCUCUAGAAAACCAUCUAGAAAUGGCGCAGCUGUUGAUGCAAAAUGGCGUCGAUGUAGAAAUAUCCGAUUUAGAGGGUCGUACGCCACUCCAUGUUGCCGCCUGGCAAGGUCAUUACGAAAUGGUGGAAGCUUUGAUCAAGCAUAAUGCAAAUGUGAACUCUAUUGAUAACGAUCAAAGAACUGCGUUACAGUCAGCCGCUUGGCAGGGACACGAAAAUGUCGUACGGUUAUUAAUUGAGAAUAGUGCUAACGUGGAUCACACGUGUAAUCAAGGGGCUACAGCUUUAUGCAUAGCAGCCCAGGAAGGACAUGUUGAAGUUGUUAAAGUACUUUUGAAAUUCCAUGCAAACCCCAACCACGCUGAUCAGUACGGACGAACGCCCAUUAGGGUGGCGUUGAAAAGUGGACAUAACUCUGUGUGUAAAAUUCUAGAGGAUUACGGUGCUUCUCCCGUUGGUGUUAACAAGAGCAGAAGCUCAUCGUCAACAUCAAGUAAUGAAAUGAAGCCUCUUCAUUCGAGUGCUCCGCCGACAAGUGUAAUCGUUAUUGGUGGACAUGCUAUCCAUAGUUCUCCUUCAGAUUCACCGGAAUCGACUUACGAUCGUCGUAAAUCCUAUCAUUCGAACAACUCGAAAUCUUCCAGCAACAUUACAACCUCGACAAAUCAGAGUUCCCAAAGCGGAAACAAUAAAUUAGAGGGCGCUUCAGACCAGUGUCUGACAUUCACUCAACAACUACAACAGUGCUCAAUGGGUAAAAACAGAACCCGACCCAUGAGUAGAGUUCUCUCCCCCGUUAGUGAACCACAGUCACCGGUUCAAACCCCACCCAUAUCUCCGAUUAUCCAAGCACAUAAAUACUCGGGGAUGUCGCCAGGGUUAGACAACAAUAUAAACAUUUUAGCCCCGUCGCCGAUUAAAAGCGGGAGCUUAAAGCAAGAGAAAAUCUCAGCUACUAUAAACAUUAUAACCAAUCCAAAUGCGGAGAUGAUGAGUUCUGUGGAAGAACCAGUGUGGCAGAUCAACCCUGCUCUUUUUCCACAAAAUGUGAAACGUAGUACACGGGGUCAAAGGACAAAUAAUCAGGACACGCCCACAAAGCUCAUGAUGGGACAAUCGGCUCUGGAGAUGCGCUCCCCGGAAACAAGACGCAAAAGAAAUGGUAUUGUCACGAAUCCAAAGGUUAUUAAAAGUCCUGGUAUUAAUGGUACCCAUUUUAAUAAACUAAGUGAAGAGAAGGAAAAACCUGUGAUUCAUGCUAACGGUUUUACAAAUAUUAACCCUAGUCCUACACGACCCCCUCAAGGACCAUCUAGACCCAAUGGCUUACCAAUAAAGAAAGAGACUCCUUUAUAACAGGGUUUCUUCGUGUGAUUGAAGAUAGAGACACUGGAUUAGUGAGAAUUAUAACAUUUAUAUUCCAGGAUUGGAGUAGGAUCUUGACAAGGCUAAUCAAUACCAUGGGUGGACCAUAUAUUUAAUCCACAAUAUCAUUAUAAAGAUCGUAUCUAAUAUUGAUACAUCUCACAAUGCGAUAUGUAUUGCCUAUAUGAAUAUAGCAUUUAUCUAUUUGGCGUUCAAUUACAUUAUUAAAGGUCCAUUAUGUAAGAUUUAGAUAACGAGCUAGCACAUAUAACACAAUUUGUAAUGAAUGGAGACGGCUAUUUCGCUGCAUAUUAGCGUAUGUUUUGGGUUAAUGUAAAAUGAAUAUAUUGGAAAUUUCAUUCAAAUUACUCUAUUGUGCGCAAAGUCAUGUGUGUAUGAAGUUUUGACAAUAUUUAGCAGAGAUUGAAAAUCGAGACUAUGUCUGGAUCAUCCAUUUUAUCUUUAAAUUUUAAAUCUCGGGGUGUUCAAAUUCAUUUAAAUCUCGCCCAUCAAAUGAAUGGCCUAGAGAGUUGAGUAAUUGUCUAAACAAUCGUUUAUAUAACAUUUGGAGCCAAAACAAUAACCUGCAAUAGGCAGAUUUAGCUCUUACAUAAUGCAUCUUUAAUAGAAUAAGCUUAUCAUAAACGCGAUUUCAUCAUUGUUAUGAUGUAGAAUGUUAAUAUACUGAUCUGUGCAAAACCCUCAUCUAUACGUAAUCGGGCUAAACAACCUGGGUAACAACCAACCACCUCUUUAAAAUUAGAUAGCGACGUGUAGCUAAUUAAAAUCGAUACACACAAUGAACACACAUCAAUGUAUUAACUCUUUAAUUAAACAGAAAACCAUGAAAUAGUGAAGAUCGCUAUUCAAGGGAGAUAACCCCAAUGUAAUAACGACGUCAGUUAUAUAUUUUUGAUCAUUUGUUAUAGAUACAUGUAAAUUAUUAUGAAAUCAGGGAAUGUUAAUAAAUGGAGUAGAUAUUCUUCCAUUAAAUGCAUAUUUAUAUCUUUUAGCCUUGGAAUUUUUAAGGACUUAAAUCUCUUAAUCUAGGAUGUAUUAAAUGAGCUAAAUUAAAUGCUUUUUGAUUUUGGUCACACUACUUGAAAAGACGCUUUAACGCAGAACAAGUCUUUACACAUAGUAGCCAGGGUUCUACUCCCUUUAUUCAUAUUCCCAAUCCCAAUGUUUAUCUUAUUUAUUAUUAUGCUGUGUAUAUUUCUGAAUAUUGGACGAUUAUCUAUAAUAUACUUAUAUCUAACAGACAAAUAAUGUGUAAUAUAUUUAUAUAUAACUAUCUGUUUUGAUUAUGCAAUUAUACUCCGAAGUAAUUUGUAAUGAAUGGAGACGGUGUUUACGCAUCAUAUUAGCGUAUGUUUUGGGAUGGACGUUACACGAAUUGUUACAUUUCAGCCUAGUUUUUUAUGGCUAAGAGUUCGAAAUGUUAAUUGGUUAUUUAUGAUUAUUGAAAAUGUUUCUGUUGUCAACGCAAUUUCAUUGCUAUAUUUUGUAUCAUUAUUUGGUCGACAAUUCUUAUUUUUAAAGAGUUGUUUUAUAUGUAAAUAAGUUAAUUUAUGAUAUAGAUCUAGUCAACAAAACUUGAUAUACGUAGGAUUAAUUGGCUCAAAAUUCGUAUUUUGUCAGUUGUUGCAAUUCAAAUCGUGUUGUAGUAAGUAACUUACAACGCACUACGUAGAUUGACUUCCGUAUUUCCGUCGCAUUAAGACCACACCUCAUGCAUGUCAUCUCAAGCCACGGUUGAUCAUACUGGAAUGUUACUGUGUAUUUGCUGCUAUGUCCGGUAGGUUAUUUGACAUAGGACAAUCGUGUCAGCAGUGCCGUGUUUAGAUGGGGAUAGGCCCUAGACGGCUAUUUUACUAACCAGGUCACUCCCAAUCCCCAAACCUCACGACUCGAUGAAGAUCAAAGUUUGUUUAGAACACAACUGAGCAAGCCAUGAUUGUGGUGGAUGUUUAAGACUACGUUGCAUGUAAGAAAGGCUUAUUACAGUGUCAACAAUAUCAUACCAAACCAAUAGGUAAAUCCGACACUGCUUGUGAUUGACGUUUUCUGCCGGAAUACAACAAAAAUCUUGACCAAUUUGAUUUAUUGGAGGAUUUGUGCAGGUUGUUGUCAGUUUGCUAAUUUUGAGAAUUAACUUGUUUGCAAUGUAUGUACUAUAUAAUGGUUAAGAAAGGAACUGUUCACGAUAUUAUAAUACUUGAAAGUUUGCUAUUUCUAUUACAAAGCUGACUAAUUGGCGUAAAUAUAAGGUUGAUUUGUAUAACGGAUCACGAAAUCUUAUGUUCUUCUACCUAGACAACAAUUUCGUGUAUGCUUACAAUAUCUAGCUUUGUUUUCUAAUCAAAACAGAAACGUCAGACCUGGUUCUUUCAGAUCGGAAGCUUGAAUUCAUUUAUUGUUUUGAUUGGGCAUCAAAGUCAUGUACAAUUAUAUAUCAUAAAUUUUAAUUUCCAGUAUUUAAAAUAAAUACGUUAUUGUUCUGAAUAUAAUCUUGGAUGGAUACAUGAUCUGUUGGAUUUUAAAGGGUAAUUAUUUUGUUUCAAGAUAAUUAAAAUCGGAAGGUGUUAGAGGUUUGAAACUGAAUAAAAUGUUUCAAAUAUUUAACAAUAUAAUACACAAUAUAAUAUCAUUUUAUUCUUUAUCAUUUAUGUAUCUGUUUAAAGUUUUAAGAAUGGUGUGUAAAUGAGUCGUUUAUUAUAUAUAUAUUAUGUAUGUACUUGAAUAUAUUAUAUACUUUUUGUCUAGAUGUACAUAUGUCCCAUGAUGUAAGUUUUGUUUUAUUUUUUAAACAUAUUUUGUCUCCUCUUUUUCUUACAAUUUACUUUGUUUUGUGGUUUUUUUAUUCGUUCAGUGCUAGCUUGUGUCAAGGCUCAUAAUGUAUAAUCUCUCUUUAAACCAAUGACAAAAUAAUGUGAUAUUUAUACGGAUUACCUGCGGAGUGGGUAGCUAUUUAACAGUUUAAAGAACAACUUGUAAAUGUGUUAUUUAAAUGUACUUUGUCAAGGUAUUUGACAAGGAGCAUACUUACAUCCAUGAUGUUUUAUUAAGUUUUUAAACGACCCCGAUUUUUGUCAUAUUUUAUUAGAUUUAAAUUGGAGAAUUAUACUCCGCUUAUGUGUGUGGAAUAGCACAUGGACAAUUGUUUUGUUUGAACUGAUUUUAAUAUUUGUAUAAUCUGUACACAGAAGUCACAAAACAAAAGCCGGACUCCAUAUUAUAAAAAAAAAUGGUUUAGCUAAACUGUAUUUUUAUUAAACGUUAUAUCGCACAAUGUAAUGGAUGCAAUUCAAAACAUUUUCAGAUCUGUGUUCUGUAAGCCAUAUUUUGUCAAUCCAGUACUUUAGACAUAAAGAUUUUUUUUUCUUUUGUUGAUUUUUUUUAAAAAAGAAAAAAAAUACGUUUAAAUUAUUAAUUGACCAAACAUGUUUAUUUUAAGGUCUUGGGAUCUGAUCAGUUUGUCUUAUCCCAUUGGAAUUUGUCUUAUCCCAUAGAUACAUUUCUAGUAUUCUUUCUUGUGUUGGAUUCUCAGUAUUAUGUUAUAUAGUUAUCUGUUCUUUUAGUUUUGGUUUAAUCAAAACUGUUUUUAUGUGAUGAAAAUACUUGUAAAGAUGACGCAUGCAAAGUGCCAAUAAAUGGACAUAAAUAAAUCA